AUGUCGUCUAUGCCAAAUCUUGGUUGGUUUUUCCAAGUUUUUGAAUUUUUUUCUGGCUUGAGCUUAAUUUUCCAGUUUCAGGUUUAUUUUUAAAUUUUUUCCAGUUUAUUUUGUCUAUCCAUCGAAUUCGUAACUUUUUUAAAAUAUUUGUUAAUUUUUUUCAAAUCUUAUAGUUCAUCAUGUUUUUCGCAUUUCUCUAAUGCAAAAGUAAUAUUAGAAGUUGUCUGAAAGGGCUUUUUAAUUUUUUCUGAAUUUUCCCAAGUUAUUUCUAAUAUAUAAAGUUUUUUUCUGGCUAAAAAGUUUGAUUUUUUUCGUCUUUUUGAUGCCGUUUUUUUCGGAUUAUAAACCAUAUAAAUUACUUGAUUUCGAUUUUUGGGAUUUUUAGACCGGAUAUUUCGGCUUUUUUCCUGACAUUUUCCGACUUAUAGAAAAAAAUUAUUAAUUUCUUUUUUUUUCAUAGGGGAAGGUCUUAAUUAUCUUGAUGAAAAUAUCCCAUUUUAGGCUACACUUGUAAAAAACCAAUCGAUGACGUCACCGACCCAAAAAUGAAUCCAGAAGAACGACGGCAAAGGAACAAAUUGGCGUCUUUUUAUAGACUGGCCGAUAUUUUCAAGUGGAGUCAGGGCGUUUUCAAUCAUAUUACGGUGGGUUUCAGGGAAAAGUAGUUUCUGAGUUUGAAGGCGCAUAGGAAAAAAGGUGCUAAAGGCCUCGAGGGGAAGAAUCGUUUUUGGGGUUAUUUUGAGCCGUUUGAAGCUUCUGUGCCUUUGAACAGCUUUGAAAAGACUCAAACAGAGUUCUAAAAAAAAAUCCUCUCUGAGACUUUUAAAGGCGCAAUUGCAAUUUCGAUAAAGGUCUCGGUACGAAAAGCCGUUUUUCAGGGUUUUUUUGGAGCCAUUCUAUGCUUAUGAGCCUUUAAAAACUUACAAAAAAAUUUCAACGGAUCAAAAUUAAUAAAAUUCGUUCAAAAAAAUUUAAGUUCAUUGCAUAAAUGUUUAAAGGCGCAUAUGCAAUUUUCUAUAGGUCUCGCGACGAAAAGUCGUUUUUUAGGGUUGUUUUAGAUCAUUAAAAGCUUUGGUGUCUUAAAAAAUUAAAAAAGACUACAAAAUCCUCUUUGAGAUGUUUAAAGGCGCAUGGACAGAUUGCAUUUAGGUCUCGAAGCGAAGAGCUGUUUUUAAGGGUUGUUUAAAGUCAUGUGUCUGCGAGUAGCUUUGGAAAGAAGUCAACAGAUCAAAAUUAAUAAAAUACAUUACCAAGUUGAAAAUGAGGUGUUUAAAGGCGCAUACGUUGAUUCUAUUAGGGUCCCGCCGCGAAGACCCGUUUUUGGGUUUUUCAAGCCUUUCAAAGCGUUUUUCAUUAUGAAAAUUGUACUGUAUAAGAAUUGAUAUUUAUACAUUUUCUAAAAAAUCCGUUUGACUUUGAUUUUUUUUUAUCCUACAUCUGACGCAUUUGUUAGAAGUUUACAGUCCUUCGAAAAUUUUUGAAUGUUGCAAAAUGAUAAAAAAAGGGAUGAUGGUAUAAAUUGUUUCAUAUUGAUAGAAUUGCAGGUCCGAGUACCCAACACACAGGACGAGAUCCUCAUAAAUCCGUUCGGCCUUUUGUACGCCGAAAUGACGGCCGCCUCCCUGGUUAAAGUGAAUUUGGAAGGAAAAGUUCUGGACAAUGGAUCGACAAAGUAUGGAUUGAACAGUGUACGUUUUUUAAGUUGAAACGGGGAAUUUUGAGGGGUUACGGUAGAUGAAAAGGUGUACUGUAUGGUUCAAAUUCGCCCGCCCCCUCGUAAAUGUUUUACGGAGGUCAUGUCCUUUAGACAUGCCUGAGACUGAUCAAUCCAAGGGGGUAUAAUGCCGAGCUUCAAGAAUUUGUCAUACUUUGUUUUUCCAGGCCGGCUACAACCUCCACGCGGCCGUACACGCCGCUCGGCCCGACGCCAUCUGCGUUGUUCAUCUACACACCCCGGCGGUCGCUGCCGUGUCCGCCAUGGAAUGCGGCCUUCAGCCGAUCUGCCAGGAGAGCAUGAUCGUCGGCCCCGUCGCGUAUCACGACUAUCAUGUGAGUGGGAGCCCCAGGUUGGAGUUUGGCGCCAGGUUGUGAGCUUGUCUACGGCCCAAAGGGUCACAAGUUCGACCCCCGUCGCGGCCAAGGCGUGCAAGAAAUCGUCACCUCAAUAAUUUUGUACUGGCUACCCAGAAGAACACUGCCUACAGUAAUCGGAUAGUGUACUGUAGACGAAUUCUAGGCUUAUUAUGAUCUACAGUAAUCUAAUGAAGCCGUGUUCAAGGGUUACUGUAGUUGAAAGAAAGUAGUUAGUUAAGGCCAAGGUGUACUGUAAAGUUUAGGCCCAACGUAUUCUACAGUAAUCUGACAUGGUUCCUAUUAGGAACCGUAUUGUAAUCAAACUUUAGACUUACCGUAAUCUACAGUAAUCUAAUGGAACCAUGUUCAAGGGUUACCGUAGUUGAAAGGAAAUAGUUAGCUUAGGCUAAGGCGUACUGUAAUCAAAGUUAAGUAAUCUACAGUAAUCUAAUGAAGCCAUGUUCAUGGUGUACUGAAGUUGAUAGAAGACAGUAGCUUAGGCCAAGGCGUACUGUAAUCAAAGGUUAGGAUUACUGUAAUCUACAGUAAUCUAGUGGAAAAAUGUUCAAGGGUUACCGUAAUUGAAAGGAAAUAGUUAGCUUAGGCUAAGGCGUACUGUAUUCAAAGUUAAGUAAUCUACAGUAAUCUAGUAUGAAUCAUGUUCAAGGCGUACUGAAGUUAGAAAUAAAUAAAAGUCCCUCAAAACCUUAAAAAGGGCCUUUUUCUUGGGAGGAUCUUGUUAAAAAAAAAGGAAUUUCGAACAUUAAUUCUUUUUUUAACGCUCUGUGAGUAGAAAAGGAUCAGAUUUAAUCGGUUCCAGGGUAUCGUCAACGAGGAAGCCGAAAAAGAAUCCCUGGUUGCCGACCUGGGCGACAAAAACGUGAUGAUCCUCAGGAAUCAUGGAUUCGUCGUUUGUGGGAGAACCUGCGAAGAAGCCCUUCAUUACACUUUCCACCUGAUAUUGGCCUGUGAGACUCAGGUAAAAAUCACUUUUCGGUCGCAUUUGGAAUGGCUCAACGCGUUGCGGUCACGCUGCGGCUCGAGUUAGAGCUUGGACUUUUUUUUUCUUCCAUAAGUCUGGAAAAAGGGAGAGAGCGCUGGCGAUAGAGAGACGCAGAGAAAAAGAGGAAAGUUCUCUAAUUUUUUUUUGUCAGAAUUGAUCCUCAUAAAGUCAUAUUUUUUCCGCGAAAAAAAUUGAGAUGAGAGAGUGCACAAUAUUGAGUGACGCAGAGAAGCAGAAAAAUGGUUUCUUGGUUUUUCGUAAUGAAUACGUUUCCAAGAAAAUGAGGCACCAUUUUUUUCCGAGCUACAGAAGCUUUCCUCUCAGUACACGCGACCAGAAUCUGUCCAUGCGCCUUUAAUUUAGCUUGUCAUAUUAAAGGCGCAUGCACAAAGAUAGGCCGCGCGCAUCGAAGGGAAGAGUUCUGUAGCUCGGAGAAAAGCGAUUUUUCUACCGAAGCUUUGAGCCAUUCCUCUUGAUAUCCCAGAACUUUGAAAUAUAUCUUCUACAGGUCCGAUGCAUGGCCAACGGAAACCUGGACAAAAUCCGGCUACCUUCCAAAGAAGCCGUCGAGAAAGCCUACAAGGUGACGUGUCAAGGCGGCGGCGGCGUCAACAGAUGCAACUCCCAAGUUGAAAUGUACAACUGGGAAAUCGGUGAACUUGAGUGGCAGGCCUGGAUGCGCGGCAUGGACGCCAUGGUGAGAUCACCGUAAUCUGACUGGGUUACUGUACAGUUUAUGGAAACUGGAAAAUUAGCCUCUUCCACUUUCGCAUUGACUACAGUAGUUCAAGGUGUACUGUAGUCAAAACUUAGCGCGAACAAGUUCUACAGUAAUCUAAAACUAGAAAUAGGGGUUACUGUAUGUGAAAUUGAAACUCCUCGAGUCGUUACUAAAAAUUUAACAUCUUCCACUCUUUUUUUGACUACAGUAGUUAACUAGAAGUCUUCAAGGGUUACUGUAGUCUUACCUCAAGCCUAACUUGCUCAACAGUAACCUAACGAUAGAGAUAGAAUUACUGUAUUUUAAUUUGAAACUUGAUUUCUUUUCGUCGUGUCGAAAAUGAUCUGGAGAUUUUCCACUUGCCUGGCAUACUGUAGAAGUACCUUGUUACUGUAAUAUUGCUUACAGUAGUCUAAGGAUUCAUAAGAAUUUGUUUUGUAAGAGCUGGAAGUUUACAAAGCUACCAGCAGAGUAUUGAUUACAGUAGUCGAGAAGGUAGUUUUAAUCAAGGUGUUCUGUAGUCAAAGUCCUACAGUAAUCCUUAUUUUCAAGUCGUACUGUAGUUGCUACCAAGGUUAGUUCUAAAAUUAGUCGUUUUCCAAGUAAACAUGAUUUGAAAAAAAAAAUCAAAGAUUUAGCUUGGAAGAAUGGAUAAAAGGUACUGUAGGUAAAUGAUGACAUACUGUAUCUUAAGGGUGAAACUGUUACCGUAGUUUCAGAAACAUUUUUCAGGGAAUGUGCACAGGUCACGAGUACGUUUGA